UGGGACCUGAGAGGGGCCGGGCUGUGCGGGGCUGGGAUCUGGAUCAGGGAGAGGACUUGGGGAGGGUGACAGGGCUGAGGGGGUGUCAGGGAUGUGGGGGACACGGGUGUGGGGAGAGGGUCGGGGCUAUGGGUGGCACCAACUCCGAUCCUGCCCCAUCCACCGCCCCCAGCUCAGCUGGGAUGCGGCUCCCCCCGGAAUUCCUUCGUGAGGCCAUCCCGGGGCUCCAGACUCCUGCUCUGGGGCCAGUGGUGGCCGGUCGUGUUCCUGGCCCGGGACAGGGCCACCGGCAGAGUCACGGGGGCCGCAUGGGGAGAUCCGACCCACCAAAAUUUGGGUUCCAAACUCGGGCCCAGCCCGGCUAAGCCGGAGCAAACGCUGGCCUGGGAGAUGGACUGGGGCUUAACCCGGGUUUAACCCAAACUGGUUUCUCUGAAAAGUCAUGAAAAGGGAAACAGUCCCUGCCCACACCGGGCUGCUCCCAGCACCUGGCAAGAGCCAGGUGGGAGCAGAACCCAAACCACAACCCACGCUCGGGGGAGAAAUUAUUCCCAGGAGUUUGGGGGGAGGUGAGUGGGGAGGUGUGUGAGGAGAGGGAAUCCCGCUGCAGGGAAUUCGUGAAGGUGGUGUUGGGGUGUCGGGAGUGCUCCCUGUCACACUGAGAGUGAGGCCUCGCUCCUGCCGGGCUGUGCCACGUCCCUUCUGUGCCAUGUCCCUGCUGUGCCACGUCCCUGCUGUGCCAUGUCCCUGCUGUGCCACGUCCCUGCUGUGCCAAGUCCCUGCUGUGCCACGUCCUGGCCUUGCCAUAUCCCAUCCAAGCUGCAUCCUGACCGUGCCAUUCCAGUCUGUGCCGUAUCUGGCCCUGCUGUCUCCCGGGCCCUGCCAUCUCCCAGCUGUGCAAUAUUUCAGGUUGUGCCACAUCCUGGCCGUGCUGUGUCCCAGCUCUGCCACAUCCCGGCGCUUUCAGGGCUCUGUACGUUCUCCUCUUGUCCCGUGCCACGGCGGUGUCCCUGCAGGGCAGAUCCGUGUCUCAGGCCGUGAUUCCCACUGGCGAUGCCGGUGUGUGUCUAGCCCUCAUCAGCUGCUUCUGGGUCUCGGUGCCACCGGGGUGUGCCGGGGUCCAUCCCUGUGCCGGUGCCACCGGAGGGGCAGUGCCCGGUGCCGCUGUACAGGUAAGCGCACAGGUGAGCGCACAGCCCCGUUCGGGGCGGGGGUUGACCCCGGCAGUCGCAGCCCGUUCCUCGGUGCGGGUGUCCCGUGUCUCAGAGGAGCGGGAGCAGGGGCAGAGCCGCGGAACAGACGCCGCCAAAGGCGGCACACGCAGGGUCACCGUGCCCACCCUCGGGUCCGGAGCGCUCGGCGCGGCUCCGGGGAUGGCACGGACACCGGGCUCCGCUCCGUGUGCUCCGGACGCCGCCAGCCCCGGCUGUGUCCCGGCUCCACGCGAGGCUCGCUCCGGAGCUGCCCCGGGCUCCUUCCAGCCCUGCUUUGGCGCACCGGGGGCUCCCCGGGCGCUGCGGGUGCAGCUCGGAGGGGUCCGGGAGGCUCCGUGGGGGCCGCCGGGGGCCACGGAGGCAGCCCGGGCUCUGUGGAGGUCCGAAGGUGCCGCUCUGGGGUCCGCGGGUGCCGCCAGCUCCCGGUGAUCCCGAUAGUGCCGGUGAUCCCGGUGGUGCCGAUGAUCCCGAUGGUGCCGGUGAUCCCUGUGAUUCCGGUUGUGUCGUUGAUCCCGGUGAUCCCUGUGAUCCCGGUGUCCCUCGCCCCCCGCCGCCCCGGGCCGGUCCCGCCCCGUUCCGGUGACGGCGCGGGCGUGCCGGAAGCGCGGGGGGGGCGCGGCGGCCCCGCUCCCGUCCCGGUUCUCCCGUCCCGGUGCUCCUCUCCCGGUGCUCCCGUCCCGGCCCGGUCCCAGCGCGGCACCGCCAUGCGCAAGUUCUUCCAGGAGAUCAAGGCCGACCUGAAGUUCAAGACGGCGGGGCCCGGGCAGAAGCUCUCGGAGCCGUCCCGGGCCCCCAAGGAGAAGCCGAAAGCCGAGGCGGCCCCGCGGGCCCGGCAGGCCCCCACGGAUGAGGCGCAGCGGGCGGCGGCGGCGGCGCUGGCCCGGCUGGAGCUGAAGCCCAAGGCGAAGGCGCCGAGCUCCUCGCAGGAGCACAUCAGGAGCCAGGUGAGGAAAGAGCUGAUGGCCGAGGCAGCUGCCAGCGAGAAGGGGCUCCCCACGGAGGAGAAGGAGCAGGAGGAGGAAGGGGCAGCUGCUCCCUCUGUCUCAGGGGUUUAUUUCAUCUGCCCCUUGACUGGUGACAUUGUGAGGAAAGAGCAGAAGGAGAAGCAUCUCCGAGAAGCCAUCCAGGCUUAUUCCUCCGUGGACCCGGUGGCUGCUUCCAUCAUGGAGAUCCAGACCUUCAACAAGGACCGGGACAAGGUCCGGGCGUGCGUGGAGACCAUGGCCAGGUACCUGGAUAACAUCUGUCUGCAUCCAGAGGAGGAGAAAUACCGGAAAAUCAAACUGCAGAACAAAGUGUUUCAGGAAAGGAUAAGCUGCUUGGAAGGGACACACAAAUUCUUCCAGGCUGUCGGGUUUGAGACAAAAACGCUGCCUGUUCCAGGACAAGACACCACGGAGGAGUUCUACGUGCUGAGGGAGGAGGUGCUGGGCCGGCUGGAGGAGCUGAGGGAGCGCAAGGAGCAGCUGCUGAGCUCGGAGCCGCUGCGGGCGCGGCUGCACCGGCAGCUGGCCGUGUUCCGGCCGUCGCCCGCGGCCGCGCGCUUCGAGCUGCCCCACGACUUCUUCAGCCUGACGGCCGAGGAGCUGCGCCGGGAGCAGCGCCUGCGGACGGAGGCCGUGGAGAAGGCGGCGAUGCUGAGGACCAGGGCCAUGCGCGAGAAGGACGAGCAGAGGGAGAUGAGGAAGUACAACUACACCCUGCUGCGGGUGCGCUUUCCCGACGGGUACAUCCUCCAAGGGACUUUUUAUGCCCGAGAAUCAGUGUCUGUGCUCUACAAUUUUGUGAGAGAAGCACUCAGAGAUGACUGGCUGCCCUUUGAGCUCCUGGGCCCUGGAGGUCUCAAACUGACUGAUGAGAACUUGGCCUUCAAUGAAUGUGGAUUGGUGCCCUCGGCGCUGCUGAGCCUGGCCUGGGACGCGGCGGUGAUGGCCGACGUGGCGGCGGCGGCGGCGGAGCAGAGCAGCGCCCUGCGGCCGGAGCUGCUGGCCAGCGCCCAGACCCUCUCCUGAAAUAAAGGACAAAGGGCAGUGCCUGCAGUGCUGCUGCCUCGUCCCUCCUUCUCCCAGGGCUGGUGGAGCUGAGCGAGCUCAGGGCGGCUGUGGCUGAGCUCUGCAGAGGGGCCGGGCGCUGCUGUCCCCUCCCCGGGGCUGUCCCCUCCCCGGGGCUGUCCCCUCCCGGCUGGGGCAGGGACGGCCCGAGGGGCUCCCAGGAGGUGGUGGAGCAGGGAUUAGGGCUGUGAGGCUGGAUUACCAACCCGGGGCUGGGUUUAGAACUCGGCUUCCCCUCCUGCUUCUGUGUGCACUGUAACUCCUAUUGGAGUGAAGCUACUCGGAUAAAGUUACCGUUAGUCUGAUUAAAUGGAAUU